AUGGGGUCAGUGGAAGAAACACUCAGCAACUUCUCAUUAGAUUUCAGAAAGCUUCUGUUUGUGAAUAUUUACCUCACUCUAAAGUCCAUAAACCUGCAGACAGUUCGACACCACGAGCUGCCGGACUGCUACGACUUUAAUGUCAAGUUCAGGUCUCUGGACAAAGUGACUGAAUGUCUGUUUUCUCUGAUCAAUGGUGAUGACAUGUACGCUACCUUCUUGAACUUGAGGGACAAGAGCUACAUGGUGUGGCUGUUCAGCAGGCUGUAUCUCUACUCCUUCAUUUCGCUGUUCAUUUACAUGGUUCUCAGCCUGUUUAUUGCGCUCAUCACCGACACAUACGAAACAAUCAAGGCUAAAGGGCUCAGUUCCCAAUUGGAGUGUCUGGUCCUUACUGCAUGGCUGCUAAUCCAACUUCAUUCCCAGGAGAGAACUCAUGACCUGCCAGAUCGCGCCCUGAUAUAUAAUUAUGAGCUUCCAGAUGUGACAAAGCAAAACAAUAUGAUGUCGACGUACUCUUCUUAUUCCCUGUCCAGUACCCAUUACAUCGACACAGCCUUUUGCACUGAAGAUAAUGUUCCCCAGUGCAUUUCUUAUGUCAAUCAGGAGCUGGACUCUCUGGGUCUGUCUUGCAUCUCGCUCGGAGCACCAGGCGUCACAGGCCUGAGCUCUGCUCUGAACACCCUCUACGAGCUGCUGCAGAUCCACAGACGAGACAUGACCGCGGUGGAGGAGCUCGAGAGGGAGCAGCUCAAGAAGUCCAGCACUUUAGAGCAUGUGCAGAUCAACAACUCAAGACUCAAGGACCAACUGGAGCUUUCCAUGAGGGAAAAGUCUGGGAUGCAUGAAACUGAACGGCAGCUGCAACUGAAAAUCAAGACUUUGCAGAGCUGCCUAAAAACCGAAAAAGAGGAGGUGCAAAAGCUCCAGCAUAUUAUUGCCAGUCGUGCCACACAGUACAACCAUGACACCAAAAGAAAGGAAAGGGAAACUACUAAACUGAAAGAGCGCCUGAGCCAACUGUUGGUGGAUAGAAAGGACAGAAAACUCUCUAUUGACGUCUUGAAUUGUUUGGGACGCGCUGAUGGCAAAAGGAGCCUCUGGAAGACUACAAAAGCAACUGCUAGCCAUGAGGGGGACAUGUACAAGUCAUUGCUGAGUGACUACGAGGCGACACAGAGGUUGCUAAUGCUGGAAAACGCAGAACUGAAGAAAGUGCUUCAGCAGAUGAAGAAGGAGAUGAUCCAUAUCUUGAGUCCCCGACAAACAUCUGACCAUGGCCAUGAGCUGGGAGACUCUGACACAGAGGAGAGGGCCGACUUAGGCAGGGAGUGUCUGGAUAAGUCGUGUGAAGUGGCCCGAGAGCAGCUCACAAACAGCAUCCGGAAGCAGUGGAGGAGGGUGCGAAGCCACAUGGAGAGAUUGGACAGCCAAGCUUCUCACAGCCAAGACGAUGUGAUCUUAAAACAGACACACGAUGAAGAAAUGGAGAAAAUGAGACAAGAAGUCCUGCAGUGUAAAGAGUUUAUCCACACUCAGCAGCAGCUGCUGCAGCAACAACUGCACACUUCACUUGAUGAGGACACGGCUGUGCUGCUGAACGGCUGCUACACGCUGGAAGAGAAGGAGCGUCUCAAAGAAGAGUGGAAACUGUUUGAUGAACAGAAGAGAAACUUUGUACGAGAGCGAAAGAACUUUACUGAAGCUGCUAUUCGUCUGGAAAGAGAUAAAAGAGCUUUUGAGGAGGACCGUGCGGAUUGCCUCAAAAAUCAAUUUUUGAACAUUACUCCAUUUGCUGACCGUCGGAAAGGGUCCUCAUCAGAUGGUCCAAGGUCACUAUCGAUAAGAAGUGAACCAGAGAUCCGAAUGUCUACUACUUCAGUGAAUCGGCCCAAAUCAUCCACAUAUUGUACCAACUUUUCCACUCCGAAACCUUCCUCAUUUUCCUCUGUUCCCUCCACUGCCGAACUCUAUCGAACACUUCGACUCAUACCAGAUACAAGCUCAAGACAAUCAAAUCGGGGAAGCUGGCAGGAGUCUAGUGCAAUUGAGCAUGGGGAUAAUCAAGCCAAGACCAAACUUCGUUCUCGAUGUGGAGAUAUAAGCGUAUUCAGUGUGGGAGACGAGAACAGCCCAACUUGA